CAAAAUACAAACGGAAUAUUUGGUAAAUAAAGCAUUCACAUUCCAGUGUAAAACCUUUUAGAAGCAAAGCAAAAUGGGAAAAACAAACAAAAUUAAGCAAACAUAGGGACAUUGUAUAGAAAGCGAGCUGAACGAGAGUCAUUUUCAAACUGAAUGUCAUUUUUCGUCCUUCGGUUAAAGUAAACUCUAAAAAUUAGGGCCGGGGUGGUAAUGAUACGUGCCCAAGAGUGACAAUUAGAUGAUUUAAUCCAAUACAAGGUUGACGAAAUGAUGAUGGAUGAUCAAACGACUUUCAUUAUUUCAUCUCACUCUCUCCUCCCGAACUGCUCCUGCUUUCUCCACCCAAUCAAACCCACACCAGCCAUCCGGCUCUUGGUAACAUUGUCGUCAUCAUCAGCAUAUCAGCAUCACUCCCUCCAGCUCUUGACUUAGGAGCCACGGUGUAUGAAGUAACUCGAUAUGAGAGGUAUGUAAUAUGUAUGUGUCAAAUAUCAACAUUUCAGCAAAAAACGACAUUUCGCUUUGAUAUCAGCACCGGCACAGUCGAAGAAAUGUCAACUUGAGAGAAACUCGAUGAAAAAUCUGCACGUUCGAAAUAUAUCCAAGUGAGUACCCAAGUAACAUGCAAGUCAGGCCCAUAUGUAAGUUAUCCCCGGCAGGUCUGGCUCAACAUUUUAGGGGUCAGGGAGGGAACUCUGCUAUGGCCCUGUCCAGGCCGAAGAAGGAUUAGCGGAGUUUUUUCCAUCUCAGGAAAUGGUCCAGUGGUCCUGACUUGGUUCAAGUCUGGAUGGGCAGAUAUGGCUAACGUCCGUAUUUAUUAGCCCGGCCCGUUGGUAUGUAGCCCAACUUUACCCGUACUUGGACUCCCAGACAUAAAUCUGACUCGGCCCUGACUUUAUUCUCCGACUCCGUGGCAGGCUUGGGAGAAACCCGAGACUAUAGUCAGUCGCGGGGCAGGGCCAGGCUUGCAUCGGGUUUGAAAAGUUUAGUCUGGUCCAGCUCAGGGUGAAAGUUUAGCCUCGUGUAGCCACCACGCCGUUUGACUUUAGUUUUUUUUACUUAAUCGACGAGCACAAUGGCUCAAAAUUCAACUAAAUUUUCGGUAGUUCUUUUUACGAAAGAAAAAAGUGUUGCUGCAGUUCCGACGACGUGGCUGCUAGAAGAGAAAGGCCGGACUUUUUGUAAAUGGCCAAAAGGGCCUAAUGCUGCAACUCUCGUCCACGACGGAAAUAGUGUCCCACGGAAAGGGUGGUCAAGUUUUCCCGUAAAGAUUUACAGAGGAUUGGGGAGUGACGACUACACUACAGCAAACACUAAUGCAGACGAGGCAAGAGCACUGACCAGUCCGAGCGAGGAGGAAAGUCCCCCCUCGUCCCCUCCCACCCCCGUCAAAGUUAACUCAAAACCACGCCAACGACAACAUUCAUCCGAUAGCGAGACCAAUUCUAGGAGGAAUUUUGAUACAGAAGUUCCCGACAUUGACACAAAUAGAAGUAGCAGUGUCACGAUUGAUGACGUCGAAGAAACAGUUGCAGCACAUUCGUCCCAGGCAGUCUUCAAUUUAAAUAUUGCUGGCGCUGAGGAAGAUCAAUCAGAAUCUCAGCUAAAUUAUGCAACUUUUUCAGCUCCUCUCACGGUUACCAGUCAAGGGUUUGAGGUCAAUGUAUUGAGUUACCUAAUCGACAUUAAGACCGAACUAUCCAGAUUAUCAGCUCAAGUGGCAGCGAUAGCGGCCGGAAGUGACUCUGGCGAGGAUUCUGGAGAGGAAUUUCAACUUCCGAUUGCCACCGAGGAACAACUUAUGGAAAUAGAGUUAAAGUUAAAUGAACGUGGGGCAAGAAAAAUAUUGUUCAAGCAAAUUGUUAAAGUCGGUGGACUUGAUAUUAAGGAUACGGUCGAACGAGUGCUAGCAAAAGUUUUUGGUCAGGCUAUAGCGGAACAGACGUCCCUAACAGGAAGGAGUAACAAGUUUGCUUUUGAUAAACUUAAACUCUUCAACGUUAUAGUGGAUGCUAUACUAAAAAACCCCUUAUGUUCCAAUAAGACUCAAAAGGACGUGGAAGUUGAAGCAACACGGUGGUUUGGUAACGCGAAGGAUCGCGACGGUGGAAGGGAAAGGCGACGUAAUAAGAAGUUACCCCCGGCUAAUAAUUGAUUGGCAGAAUGGAGUCAUCAAAAUCAACCAAAUAUAGA